AGCUCUUUCGGCUUUUUACGCAUCUGCCCAAAGUUUCGCAUCGUCGACUCUGCGUUUGCUGUUCAGCUGGAAGCCCUCCCGCCCCUGGAGAGACAGAGCUGCGACGGCUCAGCCCUCGACGGCUGUCCCACUGCAGAGGCACGGCGACAGCCCCGGUCCCAGCCACUGCAGGGGUAUCCGCUCGCCCUCAGGACCACGCCGCGGGCACAGCGAUAAAUCGUUCAGGAGGAUGUAGAAAUCCCGGGGAAGUACUUGAAGGAAAUCAUGACAGUUCGUCUGAUGUAGUUAACCAUCAAAGAACAGGUCUCUUUCAGUUGUUUGUGGCAAUUUGAAGAUGCCACAAUCUUGAUAGAGGAAAUCAUAUGAAUAACCUUCACUUGACCAAGACAUCAGGUUUUGACUAAAGACUGUUUUCAAACAGUUCCUUUAACUUUCCAGAAACUAUUUUCAAAUAAAGUAUUAUUAAUAAUUUCAAGUUACUUUCACAAUGUUUGUCACUAGCUUGCAGUUCCCUAGCUCAAUUUGCCCAGGCAACAGUAAUGGAGAAGGGGGAAGCACGACCAGGAAUCCAUCUACAGUUUCUGGACGAUCCAGAGCUGAGAAAGCGGAGCGGAGGGCACAGAGAAGAAGAAACAUAUCUGCUGAGGAUCUCAGGCGUGAAGAAAUUGCUGACAAACUAAAAUGCCCACUAAUUUUCCUUGUUCCUGUGAUUCUGAUGCUUCUGUUACUUUUAGUUCUAUUUGGUAUUUAUAUAUUGAAACCAUUUCAUAAAGUUUUAAAUUUCACUGCUGGAAAUUGUACUGUGCUUGAAAUCGGGAGAGAGCCUGAAGGCAGUUGCAGCUCUGAUGGAGACAUAUUUUCUCCUUGUGUUCAGAUCAAGGUUAUCGUUCAGCUGUCUGGUGGUUCUAGGGGCAAGGCUGUGAUAAUGGAGAAUGAACAAGCUUUGGUGAAUUGUCAGCAGUGCUCUUUUACUUUUGGUCGUCACGGGGUUUUUGCUGAUCGAUUACUGGACUGUCAGGGCUGGCGAGAAGACUACAACAGGCUUGCUUGUGUAACAAAUUAUCUUCAUCAAUUUGGACAGAUAAACACCACCUUUCCAUGCUUCUACAAUCCCACAAAUCCACACGAGGUGAUCAGGAAAAAGCAGCUGACAUGGGGAAUGGCGGUGAACUCCAUAUUGUGGCCUUUUCUGUGCUUAUUGGGAUAUGGAGCUGCAGGUGGAUUUAUUCUCUUUGAUUGCAGCAAAAGAAGAAAGUUGAACGCUCUCUUGGAGAGACAGACUGCCAAAUCGGAAAGGGAAAAGACGCCAGUAGGAAUCCGUAGGAGAAGAAGCAAAAUAGCAUGUCGCCAUGGCAACCAGCAUAUUUCUCAUUUUUCUAAUUAUCCAGCAGUGAUCAAUGGCUCCCUUAGUUGUACCUGUUUGGAUCAUGUUUCGGAAGAUCACACUGCCUCAACACCCAGAGCUGAAGCAUCUCGGAGCCACCCAUCAACUGUUUUCUGGACAGAACAGGACCUUUUGAAUCUUGAACACAUGGAUUUAGCUGUUACCGAAUAUACUCAGCGAAGGCCACAAUCUGCCUACUCCAAUAUUUAUGUGUCACAGGAAGGAGAAGAGGUUGUGGACAGUGAAACAGAAUGGAAUACACUUCAUGAGAAUAUGGAUUUUGGAAUAUCAGAACAAGAGAUAGACCAUUAUUUUAGCAGUAUUUCGAGAAGACAUAACUUUCGCCAGAGCAUUCUACCAUUUCGCCCAUUUACAGUCAUGAAUGAAACCAGGGUAUAAAUUAAAAUGGAAACAUGAACUUGAAGAGCUAAAAUGUUUGGAUUAUA